UUUUUUAUUGAUUUAAAAUUCAAAAAGUAAAUUAGUAAUUAAAUAAUUAAUUAUUUAGCCAAACGCUUCAAAGUUUCUUUACAAACUUAAAAAUAGAAUAAAAUCAAUUUAAUUACAAGCGCUAUCAGAAUAUUUAAGUAAGCAAAAUAAAUUAUUUUGAAAGCUUUUACUUCCUGUAAGAUAAAUAUGGACUUUAUUUUGUAAGGGUAAUUUCUGAGGAAAUUGCAAUCAAAUGAAUCUAAACAAAAUGAAUAAAUUGGCUAAAAUGAAGAUAUUCUUAACUAAAAUUUAGAUGAAGCUAAAAAUGUCAUUAAUAUAAUUGUUUUAGUUAUUAUGGGAAUUUGUGGAUUUAUUAUCGCGUUAGGGAUUAUCUUUCUUAUUAGACACAUUUAUCAUCGUUUAAAAAGAUAAAAGCUAUUAUCGUAGCAGUAUUAACAAAAUGGAUCAGAUAGUCAAUCUGUUUAAAUGGAUAGCCUUAAUAAUAAAAAUGAUUAAAAUAAUUUACAAAAAUAGCAAAGCAGUGAUAAUGUUAGUAUUAAUUAAGAAAUUAUUAAAGUAGAUUAAACGAGAAAUCAAAAUAACACUUUAAAAGAAUUAAUUAAAGAUAUAUCAAGUUCCUUAGAAAAUCAAACUAACUUGCAGUUGGAAUUAAAUAAAUUUAAUAACCUAAAUAAUAUUGCGAAUUGUAGCAGCUCGUAAGAUAUUUCUAAAAACACAAAUAAAGUGAAUGGAAAAGAAUUUGAGCACUUCGAUAAUUAAAAUAUCACUUAAUUGUAAAACAAAAUAGAUUAAUAGUAAGAAGAAGUCUUGAGUGGCUAAGAAGAAGCCAAUCAAAAGAAAGAUAAUGAUUCAGAAGUGUUUUAAUUUGAAAAUUAAAAUACAGUCAUUAUGACACCUUCCUUUAAUAAUUAAUAGUAAAACAUUUUCUAAUUCAGAGGUAGUGAAAGAUAUUCAUUCCAUAACACAGAAGAAAGCAAUAAAACUUUAGAGAGCUUGAAAAUAAAUAGAAAUACAGGAAAUACGAAACAUCUUUCAAAUAAGAAAAAGACUUUGUACGAAUACAACAAUUAAGUCUUGCAGCCUAUUUAAGAAAACGAAAACAAAAUGCCGUCUAGCAGAUUCGUUAGUAGAUUUGCAUCAGAAAUCUGUAAAAACUAAUUUUUGGAUUUCAACUAAUUCUCUCAAUUAACAGAAGAUUAAAAAAGACAAAGAUAAUUCUAAAUGAAAAAUCAUUUAAUUAGCAAUGCAACUUUUAUGUUUUAAAAAUAAUUGGACAAAAAUGAGCUCAAUCCUGCUAAAAGUUAAAAUAUCCCUAAAAAUGAUAAUAGUAACAAAGAAAAUAAUCACGCAGAUAAAGAAAAUCAAUACCCAAUCCAUAAAUAUCGUUGUCUUAAUUACCCAAAUGGCCUCAAAUAUAUGAGAGAGCAUGUUUCUCAGGUAUUUGAAGAGAAGCUUGAAUGA